UACUUGCAGUCAAGUUGUAAGGCCGGCAGGACAACUCGUGGGGACAGGGACAAUGGGAGAUCGUGUGGAUAAAACUACAGCAGGAUCGGACUAUUGUGAUUCUUUUCCCACUUGCUAAAGCUAAUUGGAUAAAUAUUUUGUUUGUUUUAUCGAAGGUCUGCAACUAACGGCUGAAUCCGGUUCCAGACUAGCAGAAUUCUCACCACCACGUGACAAAAUAUACUGGCUUUGAUUGGUGCCUGACAUUAACAAACUACUGCAUAACGGUUUGAGGGAGUUAUAAAUAAACAAACGGGUAUUCCCUGUGUGCAGCCCAUGUGAUAAGAUGUAGAGUUCUUGGCGUCAUCUGCGCGGAAAUAAACAAGUUGGAUAUUUAUAUCAUCGGGAAUUCCAUGAACGUCACAAGGACGAGCCAUAUGUAAGAGGAUGGCAGCCGGUGUGUCGAUCUACGCGUCACUACUCACCAGGAUGUUUCUAGUCCUUGCUAUCUGGACACUGUCCACCCAGUGUCUGGCACUGACUCACACAAGCCACCACACCUCCAUCCCCACAGUCAACCCCUUCACCGACUACAUCUGCCCCAACCAGUGCGCGUGUUACAUCCAAAACGAGACCAACUCACUCCCCAUGAUUUUGGUCAACUGUACCGUGGCCUACUUUUCACCUGACCUGCCCUCCGUCACGACACUGUUACGUCACAUUGCCAACCCUCACACAGGCACUGCAAUGUUCACCUGCUCAUUCAGCAUCAUCAACAUCCACGACCCACAACCGGAAUCCCAACUUUGGAGCGGAAUGUUUGACCAGCUGGCCAACCUGAGAGAGCUCACCUUUACAAGAUGUGCAUUCAAAAACCUGUACAGGAGCGCUUUCCUCGGUCUGCGAUCUCUGACGAAGCUUCAGAUCCAGCAGGCUAACCUGAAGUUCGUUGACCCGGAGCUUCUGACCUUCCUCCCCAGCCUGCAGGUUCUGGAAGUCUCCAACAGCUCUCUCUCCCACCUGUUUCCUGUCUGCCAGGCCAAGUCGUUGAAAUCUCUAAGACUCUCCAUGAACGAGAUCCAGAAGUUCGAGGACGCGGGUCUGUUCUGUAACCAGACGCAUCCAUCAAUGUUGGAGGUUGUUGACCUCUCAGCAAAUCAACUUACCAAAGUCCCUCAGUGGUUUUCUUCUAGCUUGCCGCACGUGUUUGUACUGUCUGUAGCCAACAACUCCAUCUCCUAUUUGGAGAACUUUCCCUUCGAACAUUCUGGGAAUAUGUACCAAUUAGACUUGACAAAUAAUGAAAUCAACGACUUCAACUCGGGCGACUUCCACGGUCUGGUGAACUUGCGCUAUUUGAAGAUCUCGGACAAUGACGUGUCCAGCUUGCCCAGACGUUUCCUGUCCAGUGUUUCUUCCAUAGCUGGUCUAGAGAUGGCCAGCAUGGGGCUGGACGAGAACGUGUGGAUGGAGCUGACCAACCUGAACUCUCUAAUGGAGCUAGACUUGUCCAACAACAAGAUCUCCGCUAUCAAUAUGGAAGUGAUGGGGCAGUUUUUGAAACUGGAAUCCCUUUCGCUACGGAACAAUAAUAUUUUAUUUGUCCACAAGGACACAUUCGUCAACCAAACUCGGCUGGCACAGCUCGAUCUCUCGAGCAACAACCUCUUUGAUGUCCCAGAGAGUUUGUUUAGAAGGCAGUACCUGCUGAAGCACCUUCUCCUGGGCUACAACAGGAUCAAAAGCAUUGGCCAAGACGCCUUCGCCGAGCUGAAGCAGUUGGCAAGGCUAGAGCUGAAAUAUAACAUGCUCACCAACCUGCCCACCCGAGCUCUCUACAGCCUCACCAACCUAGUCAACCUUGACCUUUGCUGCAACACCUUGACCACGCUGGAACCCGACCUUCUGGCUAAGACAAAAGCCUUGACCUACUUUAACGUGUCCUUCAACAACUUGAAAGAGAUUCCAGUCCUCAGCUACGCCGAGUCCCUGCAGGUCGUAGACCUCAGCAACAACGUCAUCACGUCCUUGCUGCCAGUCACAUUCCAAGACCUGCAGGCACUCAAGAAGAUCGUCCUGAGCAACAACCAGCUGACAUCGCUGCACGUCCGACAGUUUAAAGGCUGCGAGAGCCUCGAAGUCCUUGACCUCUCGUCCAACUCAUUAAAUAAAUUAGACGUCGACAUCUUCACGUUUGUCAAGAGCAUCGUUGAGAUCAACUUGUCCAAUAACCAGCUGACUAGCUUCAGUCAGGAGUUCAUGUCUCUGGUUAAUUUAAAAAUCUUAAAUUUAUCUGGCAACAAAAUCACACAAACGUAUCGUGGACAGUUCCCCAACCAUGUCGAGAUCAUCGACCUGAGUAGGAAUAACAUUGCCAAUAUUAAAGUCCACACGUUCAAGUCUCUCAAAAAGAUUGUCAACGUGAACCUGAGCUACAACAACUUGACCACCUUGUCCAGACUGGGCGUUGAGAUCGAUAUCCAUUUAGGUUACAGUCCAUCGUUUGAUCUGUCCUACAAUCCGUUUGUAUGUGACUGUAGCCUUGGCUGGCUGAAGGACUGGACCGAGGGGAAACUCAAAGACCUGGGGAACCUCCCAACCUUUAAAAUGCCGUUCUCUUUUCGCUGCCACGCCCCCAUGUAUUCCAGCUUGAAGGUGCUACAAACUCUCCGACGCGACGAGUUCUUGUGUCCCUACAAGAUCAUCUGCGAGGAGAACUGCAUGUGCUGCGACUACGCUGCCUGCCACUGCAAGUACCACUGCCCGAGCUCCUGCAACUGCUUCAUCGGCGACGACCACCUCAACAUCCAUCAAGUCUUCUGCGACUCAGCCAACCUGACCAACAUCCCCAUCGGUCUGCCAGAAGGCGCCACCCAACUACGUCUCGACGGCAACAACAUCUCAACGCUACAGCAGCACACGUUCCUGGCACUGAAACACGUACAGGAACUCUAUCUCAACAACAGCCAGAUCUACUUCAUACAGAACAACACGUUCAAAGGUCUCAAAGCUGUCCAGGUCAUAUACCUAAAUAACAACAAUCUCUUCUCAAUCCCAGCCAUUGUGUUUAAAGGCCUAGACCUUCUUGAAAAACUCUACCUUCAAAAUAAUGACUUACAUGUAAUAGAAAGCAAUGCUUUCCUCAACCCAAUGAAGCUGAACCUGGUCAAUUUACAAAACAAUGCGCUAAGUUCUGUAUCCCUGGAUGAGAUCUGGGGUUUGACGAACCGUUCUACAGCUCUGGGUCUCAGACCGAGCAUCUUCCUCAGCGGAAACCCCUGGACGUGUGACGCAGACUUUGUUUGCAACUUCCUGCACUUUCUGCGCGUGAACUCUAUGUACGUGCCGGACAGUUCGGACGUGGAAUGUGUCGCUCCUAAUCCCACAGACAAACCACAACAAGGUGGCAGACAAGAGGGACUUGUCAACAUGCAGUUCGAAAUAUGCGCGGACAACCAGGCCAACUUCACAAACCUGACCAGAACAGUGGCGCAAGCUUCUUCAGCUAAAACUGAAACAUACGCUCUCAUCGCCGCCUGCGUUGUCAUUUCUUUUGGUCUUUUUCUUUUAAUAGUGGCAUACUUCAACAGAAACUUUCUGCAAGUUCUGUGUUUUACAAGAUUCGGCCUGAGAGUGUUUAAAAUGGCGAAAGGCAUAGACGAUAACGAGCGUCCGUAUGACGCCUUCAUCUCCUACAGCAACAAGGACGAGGAGUUUGUCAUCCAGCAGUUGGCGCCCAGGCUGGAGAACGGCCACAAGAAGUUCAGGCUGUGCGUGCACUACCGGGAUUUCCCGGUCGGCGCGUGUAUCGCCGAGACGAUCGUGCGCAGUGUCGAGGCCAGCAAAAGAACGAUUCUAGUGGUGUCUGACAACUUCUUAGACUCGGAAUGGUGCCGGUUUGAGUUCCAGACUGCUCAUCAGCAGGUCCUGAACGAGCGCCGAAACAGGGUGAUACUCAUCCUCAUGCAUGACCUUGACACCGAGAAGCUGGACAGCACGCUGAGGGUGUACAUGCGCACAAGGACAUACUUGAAGUACGAUGACCCCUGGUUCUGGGAGAAGCUCAUGUUCGCCAUGCCCGACGUCCGGCCGCGGAAACAGGAAAUUCCGUGCAGGAUUCAGGUGAACAGGGACAUGACCUACAUGCCGCAGGGUCAGCAGGUGUUUGACCAGCAGCCACGGAUCCGAACCCGGCACCUGGUGAACGGGCACCUGUGCGAGACGAUCCACAACGACAUGUACGAGAUCCCCGUCAUGGAGACGACCAGCGGUCACUACCAGCUGGCCAACGGUGUCUGCUGCAGCACCCACACCAACUCCGCCUACCACAACUCGGACGGCAGCGACAGCACAUCCGGGUACCAUAACGGCUCCAUCAGCGGGAGCUACGGCCACUACGAGGAGGUGGGGCCGGGCUCCACCUCCAUACAGAGCACCCCCCAGAAACUGAUCGGCACCCCUCCCCCCGUGCCGUCCAUACCCAAAGAAGGUUUCCUGCCCAUCAGCCGUGCCCGGACCGCGUACGUGUAAAUAAUUCUCAGAAAAAAAACAAUCAGUAUUUAGCAAUUCUUGCAGAAUAAAAGACAGAAGCCAAUUGUAUAAAGACAAACUUUCUUUCAUAGAUUUGAUUUUAUCGUUGCAGUAUGUUUUAUUGAUGUAAAUAUAUGUAUAGUCCUGAAUUGGUGUAAAUAGCAGUUUAAAAGCUUGCCAUUUUUAACUUGAAUGCUUUAUAAGAAAUUGUAUGUAAUGUUUUAUAAGAUGUUUCCCUGCCAAAAUACUAGUUGUUAUGUCAGAUGUUUUCUCUCGUAAAUCUUUCAAGUUGUCAAUUUUAUGAUGUUGUUUCAUUGUUUCAGUGGAAUCUCAAUGCAAAUGGCUCAUCAAAUAUAUUUUAACUAAUUUUAAAAGAAUUGAAUCUAAAUCUAAGCAAAGAAAAAUUUUAAUUUUACAAAAUGUUAGCUUGUUGGGUAUCUAAUGAAAAAAAAUAAAGAUUUGUGUGAUUUAUAUUAUACACUUUUUUAGACCUAAGUAAAAUUUAUUGUCAUUGAUAAAUUUUUAUAAAAAAAAAAAACGAUCUCAGACGCAUUUUAAUUUAUUCUUCAAAAGAAAAACAGUUUCUACCAUGAAUAAGGUAGAUAAAAAUUCGGUUCUUGAAUAUAUCAACUAAAAGUAAAUUAAAAUAGUAAAACGCUUCUUUCUAAUGAUUGAAAUAGUUUGGUCGUUAUCAUAGUAUUUAAGACCAUUUUCUUGUUAUCGAUGUUUUUAUUUGAACUAAGGUGUGAUCAAGAUGAUUAGUUUCCAGUGUUUAGCCUUAGCGCUGUUUGUUUUUUGAGCUCUGGAUAGCAUGAGUCACAUUAUUCUCUGUAUAGCCACUCUACGCAGAAGUUCGACAAUCGGUAAAUACGAAUUUAAAAUAGAUGAUGGUAUUUUAAAAAGCAAAAUUUGAGAUUAUUUGUUUAAUUUUUCAAAGUAAAUAUUUUGAGAUGAAUUUGAUAACACUGAAUAUUUUAGUGGGAUGGGAAGUAACUGUGGUAUUCCUAAUUGUGAUGUGUCAAAGCCAUGUAAUUCAAAUACUGGUUGAGCUUAAUACUAGCACAACCUGCAGAUUGAGACAAAAUUUAUUGUACUAUAUUCGGAGAGCUAAACCGAAAAGAAGACAAAAUUUCAUAUACGUAAAUUUAUUCUGAUUGCUGUAAAACCGCUAAUAUUUAUGUAAUCGGCACAGUGCUAAAGCAAGGAUAAAUAUUCUGUCACAUUAUUUAGAUGCUGAGGAUUUAUAUGAUUCUGAUGUCACGAUGACUAUUAUUUGUUUCAUUAAUAAAUAAAGUAGAUGUAUUUUACUAAAAAAAAAUACUUAUUUAGCACAGCGAUAUAAAUUUAUUACAAAUGAUUGAAUAUGUUGUGCUGUAGUGGCCUUAUGUUCAAAGAAUUAAAUCAUGCUCUCUAGUAUGUAGACUAUCCACUUUAUACAUGCUUUUUUUUUUUAAACUAUAAUUAUGACUGGUAUUUGUGUUACUAGAUGCAAGGCAUAAAGCAAACUUUUGAAAUCCAUAAUAUGUUUGUGUAUGUAUCCAAAAGAAGUUUUAUUUCUUUGUUUAAAAUUGUGUAAAUGGCAUACGACAGUAUUCAAACAGGGUAAGAGCGCUUUUGUAAUCUUAUUUUAGUUUUGAUGUUUUUAUCUACCUGAGUGACGUUUUAAAACAACAUAACUUGCUUUAUUCAGUGAUAAGCGUACAAUGUUUAGAGGUGUUUCCGGUUAGGUGAUUUUAGACCUGGGGUGGGGUGGUUGUUUUUUUUAAAGUUAGUCCCUAUUUACCUAUAACUUAACUGAAAUCAAAACUAUGACACCUGCGAAAUUAGAUGAUGUAGCCCUUCUAAAACUGUGAUGACCCAAACAUUUCUUAAUGUUUUAUAGCGGUAAAUAAACCAUUCCCUAGGCUAUACGGUAAACAGACCGUACCCUAGACUAUGAGGUAACUAGACCGUACCCUAGACUAUGAGGUAACUAGACCGUACCCUAGACUAUGAGGUAACUAGACCGUAGCCUAGACUAUGAGGUAACUAGACCGUACCCUAGACUAUGAGGUAACUAGACCAUACCCUAGACUAUGAGGUAACUAGAUCUUACCCUAGACUAUGAGGUAACUAGACCGUACCCUAGACUAUGAGGUAACUAGACCGUACCCUAGACUAUGAGGUAACUAGAUCUUACCCUAGACUAUGAGGUAACUAGACCGUACCCUAGACUAUGAGGUAACUAGACCGUACCCUAGACUAUGAGGUAACUAGACCGUCCCCUAGACUAUGAGGUAACUAGACCAUACCCUAGACUAUGAGGUAACUAGAUCUUACCCUAGACUAUGAGGUAACUAGAUCUUACCCUAGACUAUGAGGUAACUAGACCGUACCCUAGACUAUGAGGUAACUAGACCGUACCCUAGACUAUGAGGUAACUAGACCGUACCCUAGACUAUGAGGUAACUAGACCGUACCCUAGACUAUGAGGUAACUAGACCGUACCCUAGACUAUGAGGUAACUAGACCGUACCCUAGACUAUGAGGUAACUAGACCGUACCCUAGACUAUGAGGUAACUAGACCGUUCCCUAGACUAUGAGGUAACUAGACCGUUCCCUAGACUAUGAGGUAACUAGACCGUUCCCUAGACUAUGAGGUAACUAGAUCUUUCCCUAGACUAUGAGGUAACUAGACCGUACCCUAGACUAUGAGGUAACUAGACCGUACCCUAGACUAUGAGGUAACUAGACCGUUCCCUAGACUAUGAGGUAACUAGACCGUUCCCUAGACUAUGAGGUAACUAGACCGUUCCCUAGACUACAAGAGUACUGAAUUAUUAAAACACAUUAAAACACUAAUUGCAGUCGGCUGGUAUGACGUCAUUGGCAUUUGGUUUGAUAAACAUAGACUAAAACGUGAUUGGAUUUAAUUAGUUUACAGCCCCGGGGUGGGCAUUAGGUGGACGGAGGGUGAUUUGAUAUUUGUUGGGGGGGGGGGGCAAACUGUGGUGGUUGUGUCAGAAAUAGUGUGGGUAUAUGGGUGGGUGUGGUAAAAUAUAGUGUGGGUAUACUGGUGGGUGUGGUAAAAAUAGUGUGGGUCUAGGGGUGGGUGUGGCAAAAAUAGCGUGAGUCUAGGGGUGGGUGUGGUGUAACAAAACAAUAUCUUCUGCUGAGGUAAGCCUACUUAGAAGUCCAGGAAAUCGUGCUUGUACUUAAACAAAAUUAAUAUGUAAUUAUUUACCGAAGGUACUAUAGUUCUAAUAAAAAAAUAAUGAAUGUCUAGAUCAAUUUUAUUUAGAACUUUAGAAAUUUUUAUGAAUAUCUAUAACAACUUUGAACAUAUGACAGUGUCUCAUUAAGUGAUGUCAUCUCACCACAUUUCUAAUGCAUGCCAAAAUUUCCCAGCUCGUUCGUAACUUGGGUUGUUCGUACUCCGAGACCCUAUCAACCAAACAGCUUCAGACUGUGACUGAUUUGCCUUAUACCUUAUGCAUUUUGCUAAGUUCUCCAGCUGCGAUCUAACAUCUAGUCAUUGAUUGUCAACACAUUACCGCUUCAGAGACUUAAUUUUCCUGUGUAUUCUAGCAGCGUUUGGUCUUUAAACUUUUGAAUGUCAAGCAUUGAGCUUUGUUUUCCAGAAAAUUUUGGGAAUUUUUUCCAAUAAAACGUCAUAUUUUUUUGUGCAAUACUAUCCAAAUGUAUUUAAAAUUUAUUGUGCUAAAUUUAUAAUUAGUACAAUUACGUAUGCUUUUUUAAAAACUGUUUCAAACAAUA